GGCCAGGAGCAGCGGCAGCGGCGGCACCAUGGCCGCCGAGAGCGAGGAACAGCGGGCGCUGCAGUAUGAGCAGACCCUGAUGUAUGGGCGCUACACGCAGGACUUGGGCACCUUCGCCAAGGAUGAGGCAGCCCGGCUGCGGCUGCAUGGGGAGGGGGACACCCCCAGGCCCCGCCGCCCCUCCGAACUGCUGGAGUACACCCAGGGCCGCUGUGCGCCCUGCCGAGUCUGCGCCUUGCAGUGCCAGCGGUUCCUCUUCUCCAAGGUGGGUGAGGACUGGGUCUUCCUCAUCCUCCUGGGGCUGGUUAUGGCGCUGGUCAGCUGGGCCAUGGACUUUGCCAUCGCCACCUGCCUCCAAGCCCAGAAGUGGAUGUAUGGGGGCCUGGACACCAACGUGCUGCUGCAGUACCUGGCUUGGGUCACCUACCCCACUGUGCUCAUUACCUUCUCGGCUGGCUUCACCCAGAUCCUCGCUCCCCAGGCUGUGGGCUCGGGGAUCCCUGAGAUGAAGACCAUCCUGCGGGGCGUUGUGCUAAAGGAAUACCUCACCUUCAAGACCUUCGUGGCCAAGGUGAUCGGGCUGACUUGUGCCCUGGGCAGCGGCAUGCCCCUAGGCAAGGAGGGUCCCUUCGUCCACAUUGCCAGCAUGUGUGCAGCCCUGCUCAGCCGCUUCCUCUCCCUCUUUGGGGGCAUCUACAAGAAUGAGGCGAGGAACAUUGAAAUGCUGGCAGCCGCCUGCGCCGUUGGUGUCGGCUGCUGCUUCGCUGCUCCCAUCGGAGGCGUCCUCUUCAGCAUCGAGGUCACUUCCACCUUCUUCGCUGUCCGCAACUACUGGCGUGGCUUCUUCGCCGCCACCUUCAGUGCCUUCAUCUUCCGUGUUCUCGCCGUCUGGAACAAGGAUGAAGAGACGAUCACAGCACUGUUCAAAACCCGCUUCCGCCUCGACUUCCCCUUUGACCUGCAGGAGCUGCCUGCCUUCGCCGUCAUUGGGAUCGCCAGCGGCUUUGGGGGUGCGCUCUUUGUCUACCUCAACCGCAAGAUCGUGCAGUUCAUGCGCCGGCAGAAGACCAUCAACCGCUUCCUCAUGAAGAAGCGCCUGCUCUUCCCUGCCCUGGUGACGCUUCUCAUCUCCACGCUGACCUUCCCGCCCGGCUUCGGACAGUUCAUGGCUGGCCAGCUCACCCAGAAGGACACCCUGGUGACACUCUUCGAUAACCAAACAUGGGCCAAACAAGGGCUCAGUGACGAGUUCGAAUACUUGGGCAUCCUGGAGGCCUGGCACCACCCCCGCUCCAACGUCUUCAUCACCCUUGUUGUCUUCAUCCUCAUGAAGUUCUGGAUGUCAGCCCUAGCCACCACCAUCCCAGUGCCCUGCGGAGCCUUCAUGCCUGUCUUCGUCAUCGGGGCAGCUUUCGGGCGCCUGGUGGGGGAGAGCAUGGCAGCCUGGUUCCCUGAUGGCAUCCAUACCGACAGCAACACCUACCGCAUUGUGCCGGGGGGCUACGCCGUGGUGGGGGCGGCCGCACUGUCGGGCGCUGUCACCCACACGGUGUCCACGGCCGUCAUCGUCUUUGAGCUGACGGGGCAGAUCUCGCACAUCCUGCCCGUCAUGAUCGCUGUCAUCCUGGCCAACGCUGUGGCCCAGAGCCUCCAGCCCUCCCUCUACGACAGCAUCAUCCGCAUCAAGAAGCUGCCCUACCUCCCUGAGCUGGGCUGGGGCCACCACGAGAAAUACAAUGUGCGGGUGGAGGACAUCAUGGUGCGGGACAUCCGCUAUGUCACCCUCAACUGCAAGUACCGUGACCUGCAGCACGUUCUGCACAGCACCAAGAUGAAGAGCCUGCCGCUGGUGGAGUCAGCCGAGUCCAUGAUCCUGCUGGGCUCCAUCGAGCGGGCGCAGCUGGGGGCGCUGCUCAGCCACCAGCUCAGCCCCCAGCGCCGGCUCCAGGCCCUGCGGCAGAAGGUGCUGGCCGAGGACGAGCAUCAGCUGGCCGACGCCAGCAUCCGCUUCCAGAUCAGCACGGAGGCCUCGUCGGGCACCUCUGCCCACGCCACGCCCCGCAAGCCCCUGAAGCCGGCGCUGAAGCGGGUGCCCAGCGGCCUGCCCGAGAGCCCCCCAGCUGGCACCGCCAACCACUCCGGCAUCGCCCUCAAGAGCCUCUUCUGUGCCAACCCCACUGCAGACCCCACCGAGGCCGAGGGCACAGCCUAUCGCAAGGCCAAACACGUCCGCAUUUCCAUCGUGGAGGAGAUGGAUCUGGGUGACAGGAUGACCCCAGAAGAGAUCCUGGAGUGGGAAGAGCAGCAGCUGGACCAGCCGGUGGACUUCAGCAGCGCCAAGAUCGACCCUGCACCCUUCCAGCUGGUGGAGCACACCUCACUGCACAAGACCCACACCAUCUUCUCGCUGCUGGGCCUGGACCAUGCGUACGUCACCAGCAUCGGGCGCCUGGUGGGCAUGGUGUCCCUCAAGGAGCUGCGCAAGGCCAUCGAGGGCUCGCUGACAGCCAAGGGGGUGAAGGUCCGCCCGCCGCUCGCCAGCUUCCGCGACAGCACCGCCAGCACUGGCGAGCCCGACACCACUGCCCUGCACCAGCUCUGGGACCGCCACCAGCACCACCCCAUGCCCCGCGAGGCCAGUCCCGGGGGUGACGAUGAUGAUGACAGCCCCAAGGGACAGUGAGAUGGGGGUGUCCACCCCCCCUGUCCCCAGGGUCUCUGGCAGGUGCCAGAGGCUGCCUGCCCCGUGCCUGCUUGUGCCAGGCUCUGCAUAGGGGUGGCACUCUCAAUCGAGAACCACUGCCCCCUCCCUGUGCCAGGGCCUGGCCGGGCGCCCUCCAGCCUGCCUCUGCCCCCCACCCCCUGACAGCUUCUGGGGCUUUCCACUUCACUACCUCUGCCCCCCCAGCCCCUGGUGCCCCCCAGCACAGCCACUGCACUCACCCCCCACCACGGGCGCCACACUGUCCCUGCUCAGGGUAGCACAGGGGGCAGAGGGGCAGCAGGCCAGGGUGUCCACAGGGACACAGGUGGGCACUGCCCCCCUCCUCAGCACCUCAUGGCUGAGAAGGAGGGACCUGCCUCCUCUCUGCUGUGCAUCCUCCCCAUGUAAA